CUGGUAUGCACGCGUGAAGUUCCUGGCGGCUCACUCAGUCUAGUCAGUGUCCCUGUGUCGUUGUUAUGGUGUAGAUGUGUGCUUUUGUUUCUCUUUCAGCACUCGUCGUCUCCGGUAGCUCACGGCAGGAAGAAACUGGACAACCACAGAGUGAGCGUUGAGACUAAGAUGAAACUCCGUUUUCUUUAAUGAGAGGAAAAUGGUCCUGUACGGCAGGGGGCUGAGAGGCCGACCGGCUGGGCAAGCAGUCGUGGCUGAGGUGGAAGACGCCAUCGACAUCUUCUUCAAGAGCUCGUCGCCCGGUGAUGACGUCACCAAGGGUCAACCCAAGGACUACUCUUGUCUGCAGAACGCCUCCAGCAGGAUCAGCAGGUCGAGGCCGGUCAUCCCGCCGUUGCUGGAGCUCCACCUCAUCCAGCUAGGCAAUAAGCUGACUAUUGGUGAGGCUGAGGUGGCCAGAGCCAGAUUCAGAAGAGCUGUCUCUGUAGCGUCUCUGGGGCCUUUGUCAGCGUCCAGCAGCAACCACGACUUCGUGACGAGCUGCACGGACCCUGAGGGCAACGCCGUGCAGAGCCGUGCCACGCCGGGGCACCCGGGCGCCAACAGCGUGCCCCGUGCCCGGUGCUGCAACUGCCCGGAGUCGGGAGUGGCAGCCACGGAUGUGGUCGUCGAUCAGCUGGUUCGGAUGAUGCGCAAGGUCGUGCUCGACAUCAUGGACGACAACGCCACGACCACCUUGCUCAGAGCUCGGGUUCCCCGCCAGAAGCUGACGCCGACAGUUCGUGACGAUCGAAUUCGCUCGUCGUCCUCUUCCUCCCUGAGCUCCUCCUGUUCCUCUUCGUCCUCUUCCUCCGUGUCCAAGGUGGCCGUCAUCACUCCCGCUAACGAAGCGAACAACACCGUUUCUGCUGCUGCUGCUGCUGCUGUCGCCGCUCCGUCAGCAGAAGCCCCGACAGCUCCGGCCGAGUUCCCCUCGGCGACAUCCACUCCAACUUGCUCGUCUCCUUCUUCGCUAUUUUCUUCUCCGUCUUCCUCUUCCUCCUCCGGAGAGAAGAGGAGAGAAGGGGAGGGGGGCGUGAUGAGGCCGGACCUCCGGCUGCCCUCCCCACCCUGCAACAAUGAAGAAGAAGAGUCGAGUGCCUUCGGGGCAGCCACUGAAGUGGCCUCUCCACCGACGCCCUCACGAGUGGCGUCGGAGAUAAAACACAUCGAACCUAUUUUUCUCCGCUGCCCCAAGAGAGUGGAGGAGAACCUCGCCGCAUCCCACUCCUUUGUCAGGGCGAGGGAAGGGGGCGUGGUCCCCCCUCUGAGAGGGUCGAUGUCGCCGCGACCCAAGAAGACGUCCCACACCACUGCGGGCGACGAGCUUCAGAUGCGGCUGAACGCCAUCCUGCACACGAGCAAGCGGGACUGCGGCCUCGAGAAGAACCUGAGGAACUGCUCCGCUUCCCCGCGGAUCGUCGCCGACGGAAGGCUGGACGACUGCCAGGCGGUCUGUCCGUCGUCUCCGGUGAGCCAGUCGUCCUUGUCGCCCUACCACUACCAGGUGUCGGUGGGCGAUCGGGGCGUCGACUCGAGCAAGGCCGUCGAGAACGGGGAGACGACGAUGAGUUUCUACGACGACGCAUCUUCUCAUCCCUUCUCCUUGAACUACGAAAGCGCCCCCGAUCAUCCGUCGAGUCCCAUAUACCACUCGCCCCACCCAUCCUCCGCCAUGGGCGGGGGGAUGGUGGGCAACCCGGUGGUAGGCAUGCCCCCCUCCCACCCCCCUGGGACUCAUAUGGAGUCCCACUCGAGUUGGAGGGAUUCGGAGGACGAGCUUCAGCGAACAUGUGGGCCCAUGUACGCCAAGCCGCCUCGGUACUCCAUCUUCACCAUAAGUGGGACGUUGACCGACCCCUUCGGAACCAACGCCAAAUAUUCCCUGCGGAGCCUCUCCACGGCCCACUUCUGAUACGUGGCUGAUACGUGACCGCUACGUGGCUGAUACGUGACUGCUACGUGACUUAUACGUGGCUGCUACGUGACUGCUACGUGACUGAUCCGUGAUAGCAUAUUUCUAUGUCUCUGUUUGUUUGUUUCAUUCUUUCGUCUGUUUAAAUCAUGAUGAGCGUUACUGUAUAUUCAUUCCUAACUGUGUAUAGAUUUUCUUAGGGCGUGGAGGAAUAGAAGAUUAGCCGUAGACUUAAAAAGUGUAUUUUUGUAUUAGAUGAUCUCCAGGUUAGACCCAUGACCUGUUACCAGUUAGAUGAUAAUGUUAUAUUGAUCAUGCCUUGUGCUAGUGAAUGUGAUAGUGAUCAGAUUUUUUCCGUUUUUUCAAAUGUUUAUUAUGUACUUAUUAUACUGCAUUUACGUCUGCGGACAUUAUAAAAAAAGUCUAAGACGAAUUCGAGAUGUACAGUUUUUGAAACUGAUGACAUUCCAGAUUACUUGAUUGUUGAUUAUGAUAAGAUCUGUAACAAUGUUAUUAUCGGACGUGAAAUAAGGGCUAAAAAAAUGUGUGGAUUGUUCAUAAAGAUACCGACGGCGCAGGUGAUCUAGUGCCCUGACCUAACCCAGCCCAAAAAACGAGACAGAAAUUAAGGAACAGUUCAACCUAGUCUAAGAAAAGGAAACGCACGAAGUGAAAAAAUGAUGACGAAGAUAAAAUAUCUUUUAAUCAAAAUUUGAUCUCCUAUUUAUAGCUUAUUUCUCUUAACAAAAUGUUGGCAAGAUACCGAAUACAGCCUCCAGUUUUUCAUUUAUGUUGGCAAUAAUGCCGACCUUUUCAUCUUUCUCUGGAAUUGGCAACAGUGCAAACUUGUGAUCGAAAACAACUGGGACGUUAAACCAGCCUGAGACAACUGUUAAAAAUGAUGUAAAUAAGUGUGCAGUAUAUAUUUGUUAUUGACAGAAAAGAAUUUUAUAACCUUAUCUGAUUUUAAUAUUGAAACUCUAGCAAAGUUUAUUUAUGAUGAUUAUUAUAGAUGAUAACAGUAUAAAUUAUAACUUAUCCCUGUGACUUACGACGCAAGAUGCUCAAAGGAAAUCUGUUGACGUUGUGACACUGAAUGUUUGUAUCGCAAUUAUCGUGUGAAAGACUCUAAUCCCGUUUUCUAUAUUCAGAGGGAUUUUUGUGAGGUAUUUAUGAUAAGCCCAGGUACUACCACAUAAACACAUUAAUCCCCUUAUCACAUUUUUUGGGAUUAACAAAUAUUUGCACACUUGUGAACGAAACAAAACAAACACAGGUUUCAUGAUUUAUAUAUAUAUAUA